AUGGAGGGUGAAAUCUUCAACCCAAUACAUGUCAAAAUCCCUCUGAAAGAUCAAAACACCACUACUACUGCUAGCCUAUCGGCUCAGCCGACUUCAGAGUCGUCUAAGUCGACCCCUGUGCUGAGUCAGUCGGCGAAGCUGACUUUGCCUGUUCCUACCACCCUAGAUGUGGCAGAGUCAUCUAAGCCGACUCCCUCUGCCCCUGCUGCUUUGGGAGACCCAGAGUUGGCUAAGCUAACUUUGGAGUCAGCUAAGUCGACUCCCACUGUCCCGGGUGCCUCCGAGGCGUCCUCCGAUGAUUUUGCUCCCACCAUUGCUACCCUGGUUGGCAUGGAGGUCCCUGAGGUUCUCGAUGAGGACAUGGUUGAUUAUGAAGCCACUUCAGAAAGGACGGAGGUCAAUGUGGUCUAUAUGUCUACCGAUUACUAUAUUCUUGGAGAUGAUUUGGCGGUGGCGGAAUUUAAUUCUUGA